UCUCGAAAACCGACCUGUCUUAUUUUCCGUUUUACUUGACCUGGUGUAUGAGAUAAGUAUAAUGGAGGGUAGGUCACGCUUAGAGAUAAGCCACCAAUAAGAAAAAAAGAUAACAGAAAAAAAUUGUAGUACCUACAUAAAUGCGUUAUUGCUUGGCGGCCAUAUAACAACUUGGGUAUACGUUCCCGCAAUACGUUGGUCUGAUAAAAUGAGUCUACGGUACACACACGUACGCAGAAUAUUCACUUUCAAGUUACACCAUUUAAAAUCGAUAUUAAAACUUUCCGAAAAAGCAUAGCUAGUAUCUUUUUAUCUGAUAGCAGAGCAAUAUCCAAACGGUAUCUGUCAGGAGUGGCUGAUAAGGUAUCAGUUGGGAAGACUGGUAACCAAUUUAUAGUCAUAUUACUGUACUCUGCCAAGGAAUUCGUGCUCAUGUUCUUUUAUGGAAAACGUUUUUAGUGUCCAGACAACUUAACGUAUACUUUCACAACAAGAAAGAAAAACAGGAUUUGUAUAGUGAUUACAGCGUAUGGAUUAUUGUGUUCAAAUAAAACUAUGAGUUACCGUCAACUGUGAAUGCAAUGCAGACAACAUAAGACGUCGCAUACAUGAUAAUACUUGUGCAUAACAAUAAUGGAGAGAUGAUUCGGACUAUGCAUAACUGCUGUAAACAAAGAAGUGUUACAUUAAUGUGAUGAAUAAAUUUCCAACGAUGUCAUCAUCCCCAGAUCACAGCUACAAUCGCCUCGAUGGAACAGAAAGUAUUACAACCAGCCUGGACACUGCCAGUCUUCCGAGACCACUUCCGAGAAAUGAUUAUCUCGCAAAGCACAACUCCACAUACGUUCCACACAAUCGAUUGUCUCGAUAUGCAACAGCACUUACUAAUCUGGUCCCUAUUAGGUUCAAAAGAACACCUGGAUCAGAAUUACCUGUAGAUAAAAUCGGCCUGUUUUCGAGCGUGUCAUUUAGUUGGUUGAACGAAUACUUAUCCGCCGGUUGCAAAAAUGGGAUGAGAAAUAAAGCGUUGCCUACAGCUGCAGCCCAAGAUUCAUGCCAAAUAAAUGGCCCCAGAUUAGAUGGAUUAUGGCAUGCACAUGUGGUGGAGCGUGGACAGGCGGGUGCAUCGGUACCUCGGAUAGCAUGGAAAUUCGUACGAACGCGAGUUUUGAUGGCAUCUUUCAUUUAUAUGCUGGGCACACUAAUUUCUCUCAUAGGUCCGAUUUUUCUUCUCCAAGGAAUUAUUUCAGCUAUAGAAGAUAGAAAUGCAAUAUACAAUAACACCAUAAACGGUACAGCUACUAUUCCAAAUCAUAAUUCUUCAUCCAUUGUGAACAGUUCGUUUAAAAACCAUGGUAAAGCGCUAAAUGACAUGCUGAGUGAAUCAGCAACAAAACCAUCGGUUGGCCGAGGAAUUAUCAACAAAUUGCCAGACUCUGUUAAACACUUGAUUAUGAUAGACGAAGCAAUUAUUUUUUGCAACAUCAUAGUACUGAUUCUUGCUGAAAUAAUUUCUUACUUCUUAAUUGCGUGGAGUUCAACCCUCAAUCUCAGAACAGCAUCACGUUUAAGGUCAGCCUGUUUAGCAUUGGUCUAUAAAAAGUUGAUUCAUUCUUCUGUGAGAUAUCGAGCUUCAGCAUACCAGACGAUAACUUACUUUGUCCCGGACAGCGAUACUUUGUACGAACUCAUCACGAAUGGCCCACUGAUUUUCACAGGACCAAUUAUAUUAAUACUGAUCUCACUUUUUGUCUGGCACCUCAUGGGGAAUUGGGCUCUAAUCAGUAUUGUUGUAUUAAUACUCUUUUACCUGUGCUUGAUACUUACAGCAUAUUUAACAUCUGUUUUUGCAACUAAGACAUCGGAUUAUUCAUUGACUAGAAUGUCUUUAGUUGAGGAAUUUGUAAGUAAUAUACACCUCGCUAAAAUGACCCUGUGGGACAACUGUUUUAGAAAUAAAAUAGAAGACGUACGGAAAAAGGAAUUGGUCGAAAUGCGACUUGGGGGCUUAAGUGAGGGCUGGAGUUUAUCUAUGAUGCACUUUAUCCCUGUAAUAACUGUUUGUACAGCUACUAUAGCCAGACUACUGACCAUGAAGUACGUCGAAUCGGCAGACUACAUGGUCAUGUUAGUGAUCUUGCUAAUCAACCUAAAACAGUGCGUACGAAGCAGCUGGUUAGCAAUGAGCAGUAUAUCAAGAGGAAGUACGUCCCUAAAUAAGUUGAAGACAGUUUUAAUGCUGAAGGAAGCAGACAGAUACCCGGACAAACCAAUAGACAAAAAUUUAGCAAUAACGGUAAAUCGAGGAAAUUUCAAGUGGGUACAGGAUAAACAGGUCGUCGAUAGCCCAGGCAAACGAACUUCCCAGUUUUACUUAGAAAAUCAAGACGGACCUCCAAUUCGUUUCAAUGCAUUAUCAGUUACACACACAUUAACCGAUAUUAAUUUUUAUGCACCAAAAGGAAAAUUAAUAGGAAUUUGCGGUCAACCCGGUUCUGGGAAAAGCUCGCUUCUCCUUGCUCUGAUGGGGCAUUUACACCACAUUAGUGGGCAUGUAACCAGGGAUGGUACGUGUAGCUAUGUUUCUGAAACACCUUGGUUACUCGAAGGAACACUGAAGGAGAAUAUCAUUUUUGGAGAGACAUUUGACUCAAAUAGAUAUUACAAGGCACUCCAGUCUUGUCAGUUAAAUGCAGAUAUUACCUUACUACCUGCAUCAGAUGACACUGAUCUUACAGAAGUGAAUUUAAGCCCUGCUCAAAAACAGAGAAUCACUUUAGCCAGAGCAGUGUAUGCUCGUAGAGAUAUAAAUCUACUGGAUAAUCCGCUCGCUGACGUAAGCGAUGUGAAUGAAAGUAAUCAAAUAUUUGAAAAGUGCUUCCUAGAAGCUAUGGGAAGAAAGACUGUCAUUAUGGUCUCUGAAAAAAUACAAUUUUUGAACAGGUGCGACACUAUUUACGUUAUGCGAGAAGGACGAAUUGUUGAGCAAGGAUCGCACGAAGAGCUCAUUCGAUGGGAUAGCGAAUAUAUUCGACUUAUUCGUUCAUACAUGAAAAAGUAUCAACGAAGGUACUACAGAGAUGGAGAACCAAUAAGUCCAUCAUCUGCUCAAUUAUUAAUGAUAGCAACACCGAGAGGAGUUUUGAGUAGUUCAAGUACAAAUGCAUCUUUGGAUAGCAUGCUGGAUGAAGAAGACUCAGCUCCACUGAAACAUGAACUGAAUUCCGAAUUCCCAGUGAAAUUCAGUACAGAUGCGAAAAAACCAGUUGUGGAAUAUGGACUAUACGUAAAAAACUCUGGCGGAUGGUUUAAAGCAAUCGUCAUAUGUACCAUUUCCAUGUUUUGUGCCUUCAUUAUAGCCGUAGGACCAUUAGCAUUUGCAUAUAUAGCGGAAAGGACGAUUGAUGACAACGUACACAUUAUGAUUGUAUUUGCAUCAAUGGUUGGCUCCAUGAUAUUAUUCAGUUUAAUUUUAAUGCUACUAUAUAAUAACGCUGUCUUCAAAGCUGCAAAAAAGCUACACUGCCAAUGGAUUAAUGGACUCUAUACAGCACAAAUGUCUCUUUUUACAAUGACACCAAUUUCUGUUCUUCUCAAUACAUGCAGUCUGAACUUGUAUGAAGUUGACUCUGUACUGCCAAGGUCGAUAAUAACCAUACUGAUGCAUGCCGGGAUUAGUAUGUUUAGCUCGGCUAUACUUGGACUCGUCUCACCGUGGCUACUCAUACCUAUCACGCUAUUUGUUAUUGCAGCAAUUUCGUACAGCCUAUAUGUUCGCGGAGCUAUAACAGGAUUAUAUGAAGUAAAAGUCAACUCUGCUAUACCAAUGUAUAAUCACGCUUUCAAUACCAUUGACGGGCGCACAACUAUACAAGCCUACCAUAAGGAGAAAGAUUUUAAAAAGAAGUUUUACAGAUACUGCGAUCAUAAUUCAACCUACAAUUUUAUGUUACAUGCGAUUAAAUUAUGGAUGGAAUAUAGAAUCAAAUUAUUAGGAGCAUUGACAUUAGGAGCAGUAAUAUUAAUUUGCGUCAUACUGUCCAGUAUCCGUCAUCGAUUUGAGUUAAUGGUCUUGGCUACAAUUUGUACAUUGCAAUUAGUCGCUAGCACAGUCAGUAUAACAGGAGCAAGUGCAAGUGCAUAUACUAGUUUUAUGGCAAUCACAGGACUAGAUUUUUAUGUUGAGAACAUUCUGAAAGAAAUACCUGGAAAUGUCAGUAUGCCUACAAAUUGGCCAAUUGAUGCCAGUAUUAAAUUUGAAAAUGUUACAUUGUCUAUGAGCGUAAAUACAGAUCCAGAUCUAGACACAUUAAAUUUUGAAGUUGCUUCUGGUGAAAAAAUUGCACUAAUCGGUUCUCAAACAAAUGGCAAGAUAUCUAUAGUAUCUGCGUUGUAUAAAUUUAUAGAAGUUCAUUCGGGAAAGAUUUGUAUAGGAAAUACGAACAUCAGCGACAUUCCAAUGGACAAGCUAAGGCAGUGUAUUACUUUUAUACCAGGUGAUCCUUUGCUUUUCAAUGGCAGUAUAAAAUACAAUCUGGAUCCAAUGGGUAAGGUGUCCGAAAAAGAAUUAAUGGUUGCUCUGCAGAGAGUUUUUCUUUGGGAAAAGGUUUCAAAACUUGAAGAGAAGUUGGAAAGCGAUGCCACUAAUUGCUUUACAGCCGGCGAACGUAAACUGAUAUUCUUUGCCCGAGUGAUUCUUCGAAAAACUAUUAAAAUAAUGAUUAUUGAGGAAUCAGUGACAGACUUGGGUCCAGAUGUAGAAAAAAAAAUUGAAAUAAUUUUGAGGGACAUUUUUCCCGACCAUACCGUCAUUGUGCUCUCUACUCAAAGAGUUCGCUAUUGUCAAAGAACACUUGUUCUGAGUAAUGGAAAGAUAAAUGAAAGUGCAAAUCGCAAAUCAUCAACAUCGCAACACAGCCUUGCAAGUUCAGAAGUCCUUGUAACGGCAGCUAUGAACAGCGUCUUUGAAACAAGCUUUUAGGUAUUCAAUAUAAAAUAAUAUUCGUUGUUUAGCUUCUGAGAAUAAAUACCAAACUGUAAUAAGGUGUACAUUUAUAGCUAAGUAAGUGUUUCAGAAAAUCGUUCAGAUUUUGUAGCAAGAUUUUUAGUGACAACAAAAAUGCGAGUACAUUUCUUCACCGUAUCAUUCCACAUGACUCUAAGUAUAGAGUUUUCUUUUAUGCGCCACAAAUGCUAGUCUACAUUUUCAAUUUGUGUAUUAAAUUUUGCGAACAUGUGCCUUCAAUGGGGUACUGACACGAUAUUACUGACACAAUAAUUUUUCUCCAAUCGUGCACGUUACUCUGAGCAUUUGGGUUGAUAAAAAAUUCAAAUAUGUACAGUUGCUCUCGAAAAAAGAAAUCCUCAAGUUGCUCGGUAAUUCUGUGCUAAGAAUACGAUCUCGGGCCCCUCAAAGUAAAAUAAUGUUGGGCUUCGAUGAAAAAAUCUUUUUAAAUACCAAAUUCGCUGUUCAUAUCUAAAGUUUAUAAAUAAAUUAUCAGAUAUUAAACCUAUAAUUUUUUUAAAUGGAACUCUCAAUACUAAAUUGUCCAAAUGUCACUCUUAGAAAAUCUUAUUUACUCCUUACUCCAGAUUAAAAAUUUUUUUAUAUAAAAAGAGUCCUAGCGACUUUUUGCAAAGUGGCAACUUUAUUUAACCUAGAAUAUCCCAUAUAUUUAUUAUAUAACUUGUAUAUUAAAAUUCUUACAUGACAUAAAAAAUAAAACAUUCAAUAUGGAUGUAAGAAUUAUUAACUAUAAACAAUCAUGAAUAAUAGAAUUGUAGACUUUAUUCGAAAAAUUAAAGUAUUUUCGGUACGAGUGCAAUCUAAAAAAUUGAAUAAAUUAUUUAUUUACGCAUAACAGCACCAUUAUAAUUAUAACAUAUCAUUUCACUCAUUGUUAAUAUCGAUGUAUAAAUAGUGUUUUUAAAUAAUAUAAUAUGAUACAUGUGUACAAACACAAUAUAAUGUAUAGAUUUAUGUAGAAUUGGAUAUAAACAGCUCGUAAGUUUCUCACCUGACGUGUGGUAAAUUAUGAUCGCGACGAGUAUUUGCACCACUUUGGAAUUGAGAAAUAAAUACCUAAAUAUGA